AUGGCUUUAGGGAAUUCAACUAAAACUGUCUUCAGAUCUAAUACAUCUGGGGUGUAUGGUACUGCUCCCACUGAACCUAAAACUUUACGCGCAUAUAAAGAAAGAUCUUUACAUAAAGGAUAUCUUCGAAUUAGUAUAGUAAAUAAAAUCUAUUCAGUUCAUCAUCUUGUUGCUUUAGCUUUUUGUUUAAAAGGAGAAGGUAAAGAAUGUGUAAAUCAUAUCGAUGAAAAUUCUACCAAUAAUAAAGCAUCCAAUUUGGAAUUUUGUACUAUUCAGGAGAACAAUAUAUAUGCUAUACGUCUUGGACUUC